CUGGCAACAGCGCCGGUCUGGCCAGUGGAAGUUGUCAGAUUGAUGGCUAUACAGGCGGAGCUCUGAUUAAUUUUGUUAUUUGCUUCCAGCCUGAAUAAUUCAAGUGCAAAAUCGUGUCGGAUGUGGUAGUUAAUUAAGUAAGGUACCAAUUGAAACCAGAAAACACUGUACUGAGUUAAGUGAGUGGUGAGUGCGAGUGUUGACAAUCAGCCUGCAUCUGUAAACAUUGGAAAAGCGGAGAGCGACGCCAAUCGAGUCGAGUCCGUUCCUGGACCACUGCCAGAUCCAGCAGCUCUGCUGAUGCCCAUUGAAACAGCAGGAAUAGCAGGAUAACAUUUGCGGAGGAGUGUGGCCAUCGCAAAACUCGCCCACGCGUCUUAAGCCCAGUGAAAUUUUCAUCUGAAGAGUCGCAUUUUUCGGAACUUACUAGUGCAGUGAUGGUGUGGUAGCAGCGAUGGCCUUCUGAUCCUGCUUGCAGUUGAGUUGGGCAUGCCAACGCAGAUUACCUAACUUCUGCAACCCUAAAAUGUGAAUGGGCCCUGGCCUGGCGACUGAUUAAGCCGGCCGGGGGCCCGCGCCAUGCUAAUCAAGGAGUACCGCAUCCCCUUGCCACUGACCGUGGAAGAGUACCGCAUUGCCCAGCUUUACAUGAUCGCAAAAAAAAGCCGCGAAGAAAGCAGCGGUCAGGGCAGCGGGGUGGAGAUACUCACCAAUGAACCGUACAAGGAUGGUCCGGGCGGCCAAGGCCAAUACACGAAGAAGAUUUACCACGUUGGCAGUCAUUUACCAGGAUGGAUCAAGAGCAUUCUGCCGAAAACCGCCUUAAUGGUGGAGGAGGAAGCUUGGAACGCCUACCCCUAUACGAAAACGCGCUACACCUGCCCAUUCGUCGAGAAGUUCUAUCUGGAGAUCGAAACGUACUACUAUCCAGACAACGGGUACCAGGACAAUGUGUUUGAGCUGAGCGGCAGCGACUUGCGGAACCGAGUGGUUGAUGUGAUCGACUUUGUGCGCGACCAACUAUAUGGAGCGGACUAUGUUCGCGAAGAAGACCCGUCGCUCUAUGUUUCGGAAAAGUCUGGCCGCGGCCCCCUUUCGGACAACUGGGUGGAAGAGUACUGGAAUGAUGUGCGGGACAAGGCCCAGCCCACUCCCGCUGGAAAUGCCAUGAUGUGCGCCUACAAGCUGUGCCGGGUUGAGUUCCGCUACUGGGGCAUGCAGACGAAGAUCGAGAAAUUCAUCCACGACACUGCCCUUCGCAAGACUAUGCUGCGUGCCCAUCGGCAGGCCUGGGCUUGGCAAGACGAGUGGCAUGGACUCGCCAUGGCCGAUAUCAGAGAAAUCGAGCGCCAGACCCAGCAAGCGCUCAAGCGGAAGAUGGGCCAAUUCGAGGAUGAUGCAAUUGUAGAUGAGGACGAUAACUUGAACAACAGCGCGUCCAAAGAGGACCCGGGCAAAACAUUGGCGGCCACCCUUGGAAGUAUCGAGGUGACGGAAGACAGUCCGCUUCUGAGCAAGGGCGUGAACGUGCCUCUCAUCCAAACGGCAGGCAGUUCUGACUGCUCAGACGACAACGACAGCGUGCCCACUAAGCGGGAGACUAGGAGGCAUUCGCCCAGAAACCUACACUCGCCCGGAUCCAGCUCGGUGAAGAGUUUUGACCUGCAAGUGGGAAACUGGCGCAUGGAGACGCUGGGCAGGGACUCGGAGUCGGCCUCUGAUGAGGAGUUUUUCGACUGCGAAGAUUCUCCCUCUUUAGCCAAAUGGAGCUCGCUGGAUCUUCUAUGUGAGGAGGACCUUGAAGCCAGCUCGCCCACCUUCAUAGAGAACAGCCGAACUGACCAAUCUGAUGACAGCAUCUUCUCGGCGGCCUUCUUGCAGAGAGUGACCAGCGAGCGAGGCAACCGCAAAAUUCUGCCCAAAACCAAAGUUAGUUCCGUAGAUACGUCGCGACCCAACUCGCCCAAUGCUGCCAUUCUACAUGCUCCUUGCAGUACCACUGUGUUGAUGCUGGUUCUGCAUGCUGGCAGUGUGUUGGAUGCUAAUGUGGACAUGGCAGCUAAGAAGUCGGACGUGACGACGUUUAAGGGGGCUUUCGAGUCCGUGAUGAGGCAGCACUACCCCUCUUUAGUGGGGCACAUUGCCAUCAAGCUGGUGUCUUGUCCCUCCAUCUGCACUGAAAGCUUGGGGAUUUUGUCCAGUCUUAGCCCCUACAGCUUCGAUGUGUCUCCUUCUUGCGUGGACGUUCCCCAAGUCACCCACGACUCCAUACCCAUUGGCGGCAUCCCCAUUUUAGCCACGGGCAAUGUGGACUAUCAAGACUCCGUGUCCAGGACAAUCAACUCUGCCAAUGCGGUCUAUCACGAUUUUCUCAAAUCCGAUGAAGGGCACGGCUUUGCCGGCCAGAUUUGCUUCGUCGCCGAUUCGCUGGGUUCCAUUCUGGGCUACGACGCCCUUUGCCGCACCAGCAGCAGCCAUUCCAGGCAUGGAAGUGAGAAUAGCAUUCUCGAUAAUGAGCAUAAGGAUGAUUUUGCGAAUGAUUCCUUCUUAACAACGCGGCAUCCGGCCAGGCGGUCCUCGUCCAUCAGCGAAGCGUCCCACAUCAAGCUGGAAUUUGAGGUGUCGGAUUUUUUUUUAUUCGGCAGCCCCUUGGCGCUGGUACUUGCCUUCAGAAGGCUGUCCGCUCAAGAUGAAAAAUCAGGGUCCAUAAACCGUCCAGCAUGUCUUCAGGUAUACAACAUGUUCCAUCCGACGGAUCCGGUCGCCUCUCGGCUGGAGCCGUUGAUUUCCGCUCGAUUUUCCAUCCUGCCCCCCAUGAACGUGCCCCGUUACGCCAAGUAUCCCUUGGGAAACGGACAAUCCUAUCAUUUAUUGGAGAUCCUACAAGCCAAUCCCCAAAUGUUCAACGACCAAGUGCUCCCCAGGCGUUUAUCCGAAGUGUCGAUCCAAAGCACGGUGUCUGGACUGAUCGAGUCCAUUCCCCUUCAUACCAUCAACAAUUUGCAACAGAAAUGGUGGGGCGGCAAACGCCUGGACUACGCUCUGUAUUGUCCAGAAGGGCUCUCGAAUUUCCCCACCAACGCUCUGCCCCAUCUGUUCCACGCCAGCUAUUGGGAGAGUUGCGAUGUAAUUGCGUUCAUCCUGCGCCAAGUAGGGGGGCUGGAUGGCAUCACAGGCGCCCCAUUGGAGGAGGGCCGUGAAAGCUCUUUCCGCCCGGGCCAACCCCGAGAGAAGUGGACCAAGAAGCGCACAUCAGUGAAGCUGAAGAAUGUGACUGCCAAUCAUCGUGCCAACGAUGUGAUCGUGCGUGAGGGCGCAGCCCAGACCUUGGUGGCCACCUUCAAGUACGGUCCUUUGGACAUGAUCACCCUGACCGGGGAGAAGGUGGACAUUCACGUGAUGAAGGACCCGCCCUCUGGGGAGUGGAUUCUGCUCUCCACUGAAGUAACCGAUAGAACCGGGAGGGUUUCCUACGCAAUCCCUGAGGUGCAAAGCGUGGGCUACGGGCUGUACCCAAUCAAGAUGAUUGUGCGCGGCGAUCACACGUCCGUGGACUUCUUCCUGGCGGUGGUUCCGCCCAAGACGGAAACCGUGGUGUUUAGCAUCGAUGGGUCCUUUACAGCCAGCGUGUCAGUGACCGGUCGGGACCCCAAAGUGCGCGCUGGGGCUGUAGAUGUGGUCAGGCACUGGCAAGAGCUGGGGUAUUUAAUCAUCUACAUAACCGGGAGGCCGGACAUGCAACAUCGCAAAGUGGUGUCUUGGCUGUCGCAACACAACUUCCCGCAUGGGCUGGUGUCGUUUGCCGAUGGCUUCACCACUGGGCCCUUAAGCCACAAGGCCGCCUAUUUGAAUAACUUGAUCCAGAACCAUGGAGUGAUCAUUCACGCAGCGUACGGCAGCGCCAAAGACAUCAGCGUCUACAUGAACAUCGGACUGAAGCCCAGGCAGAUCUACAUAGUGGGCAAGGCGUCGAAGAAGCAACAGACCCAAGCCAGUGUGCUGGCCGAUGGCUAUGCGGUGCAUUUGGCCUCGUUGAUGGCCCAUGGCGGGUCCAGGCCAGCCCAAGGGAAUGCGCGCAUGGUUAUCCCGCGUGGAUACUUUGGCCUGUCCGGACAGACGAUUAAUCGCAGACGAAGGUCGGCCAAAAGAGCGACCUCCUACCCCAUCGCAACGGACCCUCUGCAGCUGGUUGAACGAUCUAUGAGCACGAAGCGGUUUCAUGUGGCGAAGCCGGUGUUAUCUGUGACGCCUAGUAGCAUUAUGGACUUACCUAGAUAAUUAAUUGGUUGCGCAGUGUCGUGGCCGGAUUUAAGAUAAUCAGUGGGUUGGCGGUGCAGCCUCCUCAUUUAAGUGUCGUAAUUUAUCAACACCAUGUGUAAGGCUUGUUGUAUUUACCAACUUACUACUUGGCUGUAAGGCGCGGUGAAGUUCCACCCCUCUCUCUAUUAACGUGUUUCGCCUUUUGCUCUCUCAGCGUUCCCAGAUGGUAAUGGGCCCUUUUUUGUUUUUCCCAUUACAAGCGGUUUUGUGAUAUAUUUUCUUGGUGCCAGCAGCAAUUUGAUAAGUUCAUCGAGCGUUCACUUGAAUUCGAUCUGCAUUUCACUUAAAUAUUGCGGUAAUAAUUAAAAAGUAGUCAUUCAUAUAGUUACCCAACAGUAUAAGAAAUCAAUUGAGUGUUAGACAAUUGUAUAUAAAUAUUCUUCUAGUUUCGAUUUUAUUUUUAUAAAAGAGUUUAAAAAGUAUUUCUAAAGCUGCAUGGAAAACUGCACGUGUAGGUUUUUUCGGGGCUGUUAUUGUUUUCCAAAGUUUAUCCUGGUUUUUAUUCGUUCUCCAAAGAAAAAUAUAUAAAAUAAAUAUAUUAUAGUUGAAUUCUACAUAUGUGAAUUAGACGAUAAUCAUAUUCGUUAAGUCAGCAAAUUUGCAAUAUGUUGUAAAAUUCCAAUAAUAAUUAUUGUUAGAAAUG